AUGAUUAAAGAGAAAGCUCAAGAAUUUGCAAGUAAGCUCCGUAUUGAUAAUAUUUCUGGCAGUAAUGGGUUGUUGGAGGGAUAUAAGAAAAAAAACGAUAUCGCAUUCAAAAAUGUUUGUAGUGAGACCAACUCUGUGGACAAUAACGAAUGUAAUGACCUUCUAGAUUUAUUACACGAUUAUUCCCCCGAUGAUGUAUUCAACGCCGAUGAAGCGGGCUUAUUCUACAAGUGUCUAUCGGAUAAAACAUUUACGUUCAAAGGUCAGCCUUGCCAUGGUGGUGAAUUGAGUAAAGAUCGGGUCACUGUAAACCUCAAUGCCACCUCUUUUAAUUGGAAAAUCUAA